AUGGCGUCCUCUGUGAUGAAGGUUGCUGCUUUUACCAGGUUUUGUGGUUACACCCUCAAAAGAGCGUACUCAAGAACAGCAGCUCUUGGUCAGGAUGUCCCAAGAUCUGUAUGGAACCUGGGGAGACUCAAUCACAUUGCUGUUGCUGUGCCUGACAUGGAGAAAGCCACAUCACUAUACAGAGAUGUGCUGGGGGCCACAGUGAGCGACAAGGUGCCUCUGCCGGAGCACGGCGUCUACACUGUCUUUGUGGAGCUUGGGAACACCAAGCUUGAGCUACUGCAUCCUCUAGGAGAGAAGAGUCCCAUCGCAGGGUUUCUACAGAAGAACAAGGCUGGAGGAAUGCACCAUAUUUGUAUAGAGGUGGAUAACAUAAACGCAGCAAUAACAGACCUUAAAGCGAAAAACAUCAGGACCCUUUCUGCAGAGCCACGGAUUGGUGCUCAUGGGAAGCCUGUGAUGUUUCUUCAUCCUAAAGACUGUGAUGGGGUGUUGGUGGAGCUGGAGGAGGCCUAA